GAGACUUGCGAGCGGCCAUCUUGCUCCUGCCCCUGACCGGUCCUCCGUUCGGGGUCACGGGGACGCUGAGCCCGCCGUCUAGACCUGUGGUGACCAUGCUGUCCCGGGUGGCACUUGCCGCCACAGCGGCGCCCUCGCUGAAGAACGCCGCCCUCCUGGGUCCCGGGGUCUUGCAGGCCACAAGGAUCUUUCACACAGGGCAGCCCAGUCUUGCCCCACUGCCACCUCUUCCUGAAUAUGGAGGAAAAGUUCGUCUCGGGCUGAUUCCUGAGGAAUUCUUCCAGUUUCUUUAUCCUAAAACUGGUAUAACAGGACCCUAUGUGCUUGGAACGGGGCUUAUUUUGUAUGCUCUAUCCAAAGAAAUAUAUGUGAUUACCCCAGAAACCUUCUCUACCAUAUCAAUAGUAGGGUUGCUUGUCUAUGUAAUUAAAAAAUAUGGUGCCUCUAUUGGAGAAUUUGCUGAUAAACUCAAUGAGCAAAAAAUUGCCCAACUGGAAGAGGUGAAGCAGGCUUCCAUCAAACAAUUCCAGGAUGCAAUUGAUUUGGAAAAGGCACAGCAGGCACUGGUUCAGAAGCGCCAUUACCUUUUCGAUGUCCAGAGGAAUAACAUUGCUAUGGCUUUGGAAGUUACUUACCGGGAACGGUUGCAUCGUGUAUAUAAAGAGGUGAAGAAUCGCCUGGACUAUCACAUCUCUGUGCAGGAUAUGAUGCGUCGAAAGGAGCAAGAGCACAUGGUAAACUGGGUAGAGAAGCAGGUGGUGCGGAGCAUCUCUGCCCAGCAGGAAAAGGAGACAAUUGCCAAGUGCAUCGCAGACCUAAAGCUGCUUGCAAAGAAGGCUCAAGUGCAGCCAGUUCUGUAAAUGUGUCUGUCCCAUUGAGACAGCUAGAAACAGUUGACUGACUAAAUGGAAACUAGUCUAUGUGACAGAAUAUUCUGUAGUGCUGUCUACUGCAGUUACAGUUUACCUUUCCUAAAAAUGAAAAGUUGGAGUUUUCUAUAAUGAGCGAACUAAAUCUAUUGGCCCAGUCGGGUGUUUCUCAUCCUUCUUACUCUGCAUUUUGAGUUGUUCCAUGAUCACUUUCAAAUAAGCAGUUUGCUUUUAUUAAAACUUGCUGCCUGACUAAAGAUUGCCAAGUUAUCGUGUAAAUUUGUAAUUAAUUCCACCAUCUUGCAUCUUGCAAUAAAGUGACAAUUCAAACAAGG